AUGAAUUCCAACAAGAGGGCUCAGAUAGACUUGAGCAAUGUGGAGCCCCCAAGAAGAUUAGCAAGAAGGUUGGGGAAUUUGUUCCUGACCAAUGCAGUUCCUGCUGCAGAGGCUGGCCGUUUGUUUCGGGAUGCCGAAGCCAGUGGCAGUGCACACAUGGAUCGCCUUGCAACACUGGGCUCCCGGAGGGCGGACGAUCUAGCUCGACACAGGGAUGUCUUGCGAAAGAUGAAUCGGAAUCGCCACUGGCCUGGUCAGUAUAUUGUGCAAGCACCCUUGUGGAACCACAAGGAGCAGAAAGAGGAACAGGGAGACAUCGUCAUGUGGCUCCCUCAUGAGAUCCUCUAUUGCUUAGACGCCAAAGCAAGGAAUCCUUCCAAUCUCCGGAAACUGGAGGUUUUGCAAGAGCAGGAACGACAGUUCCUGGAUGUCGCUGCCUCCUCGCUUCAGGUAGGCAGCGAGGACCUCAUGCUAGUCGGCAUUUGGGGGGAUGGCACCCCUUUGAAUAGGGACAGGAGCCAAGUUGCAGAGGUUCUCUCGAUGAAUAUCCUCAGUUGUGAAACAAGAUCUGAUACUAGGUUUCCGCUGUGCAUCCUCCAGAAACACCUGAUGGUGAAGAACCAGACCUGGAAUCUUAUCCUAGAGGUGAUCUCCUGGAGUUUUCGUUUCGCCGCAGCAGGUGUGUUUCCGAGAUGUCGACACGAUGGCUCGCCCUGGCAUGCUUCAGACGGCUAUCGAGCCGAGAAGCAAGGAUCCGCAUGCCCUCGAGCUGUCUUAGGCCAAGUUCGAGGUGAUUGGGCUUUUUUCAAGCAGGUGCUAUAUCUGCCGGCAUGGAACGAGAACCAUGGUUGCUGCUGGUUCUGCAACAUGACACCCGAUCGUGUUGCCGAGGUCGGGAAGACCGCUUCUUGGCUAAGACCCGAAAACCGGCACACUCACUGGUCGGCUCUGUGCUCGCUCCAAGAGAAGUCGCCUCUGCUUGGAUGUCCUUUGUUCAAUCUAGCCAUGAUCCAGCUAGAUUGGCUACAUGUGGUGGAUUUGGGGAUCUGUUUGGAGUUUAUCGGGAGCUCACUGAAAUUUAUCGUCGAUCAUAAGCUCGAGGGCGGCACUGUUCACGACCGCUGCAAGCAAUUGCAUCGAGAGAUGGUUGAGUUUUAUGACUCCCACGAUGUUGCCAACCGAUUGCCAGAACUCAGGCACACCAUGAUCAAACAGGACAAAAAGCCGUACCCGAAGUUACGAGCUAAAGCUGCCGAAGCCCGAUGCCUCGUCCCGUUUGUAGAGUUUCUCUGCCAGGCCCUUCUAGAUGAGGGGGAUGAGUUCGAGAGGAACUUAUUGGCGGCAGCCCGGGAUUUCCAGGCUUGUUAUAGACAGCUCAGCCCGUCAGUCUUUAGCAAGCAGGGCCUUGCAAAUGCAGGGGUUGAGUUUGCCAAUAGGUAUGUUUGGCUCAGCAACAGAGCAGAAGCGAAUGGUUGGAAACUGUUUCGUGUCAAACCGAAGCUUCAUAUGUUCUGCGAGCUGACCUAUGCGGCAACAGCCUGCCCGUCCUUAUCGUGGACGUAUCGUGACGAGGACUUCGGUGGCAAAGCCGCCCAGCUUGCUGCCCGAAGGGGCGGCAAAAACUCUGCCCUUGCUUUGGGCCGGGCGUUUUUUUUUUAA